UGCUCUGUUCUGGAAGCUCUUGUGGGUUCUGUUGGUUUUUUUUUUUUAAUAAUCUCAUCCUCUUCUCCUCGAAGCCAUCUCCCUGCAAGUGUGGGUGUCGGUGAGAUCGGAAGCUACCAUGCAUUACUCAGUAUGAUAUUUAAUGAUGUCUCUGGGUUCUCUUUGAUUGUUGUUUGUAGCUCCAUGGAAUCGGGUUUCUUUGCAUUGAUGGCCUUGUUCUCUCGGCUCUGAUAAUCCAUGCACCGUGAGACCCGGUGGGAGUGCCUUAAUAGCCUUCAGAUUUAGUGUCUUGUUGAUGUUGACUUGGUGGGCAUUGGCAAUGUGAGAUUUGUUGAUUGUUGCACUGAUCGAUUCUUUGUAUGAGAUCCUUAUAAUAUUCAAGCUGCACUAGGUAAUACAAUGGACCAAAAGACAUGGCUUUGGAGGAAGAGAUCUUCAGAGAAGGCCAUUGUCACAACUGACAAAAUAAACUCCCCUUUAAAAGGAAAUGAAGAAGAGAUUCAGAAACUUCUAACCGAGAAAGCUGAAUUGGAGAAAGACCUGAGAAUUUCAAAUGAUAAGCUUUCUUCAGCUCUCUCUGAGCGUGAUGCUAAAGAUGAACUUGUGAAGAAACAAGCAAAGAUGGCGCAAGAAGCAACUGCAGGCUGGGAGAAGGCAGAAGCGGAAGCAGUGUCUCUAAAGCAAGAAUUAGAUGAAGCUUUGCAGCAGAGAGUAGCAGGUGAAGAUAGAGUAGCUCAUUUGGAUGCAGCGCUCAAGGAAUGUAUGCAACAGCUACGUUUUGUUCGAGAAGACCAGGAGAAAAGAAUUCAUGAUGCUGUGAUGAAGACAUCGAAGGAGUUCGAAAAAUCCCAGAUGGUUUUAGAGGAGAAGUUAACAGAGACCAGUAAGAGGCUUGCUAAACUAGGUGUUGAAAAUUCUCAAAUUAGCAAUGCUCUCUUAGUGAAGGAAAAGUUGAUAGAAGAUGUCAAUAAACAGUUGACUGAGAUGGAGUCAAAUUUCAGUGCACUAAUGACUAGAUUACAAUCCACAGAGAAAGAUAAUGCUUCUUUGAAGUAUGAGGUUCGAGUGCUUGAGAAGGAGCUUGAGAUCCGAAAUGAGGAGAGAGAAUUUAAUCGUCGAACAGCUGAUGCAUCACACAAGCAACACCUAGAGAGUGUGAAGAAAAUUGCAAAGUUAGAAUCAGAGUGUCAGAGGUUGCGUCUCCUGGUCAGGAAGCGAUUGCCAGGUCCUGCUGCGGUGGCAAAAAUGAAGAACGAAGUUGAAAUGCUGGGGAGGGAUUCAGUUGAAAUGAGGAGGAGAAAGUUGAAUGCAGAUGCUUUCAUGGUUGACUCUGCAGUCGAUGACUCUCCUGAAGAUCUCACUAAAAGGAUUGGUAAUCUGACUGAGGAUUUAUGUUCCAUGGAAGAAGAAAACAAGAAUCUCAGGGAAGCCCUUCAUAAAAAGGCAAAUGAACUACAAUUUUCAAGGGAAAUGUAUACUCGCACAGCUUCCAGAUUAUCACAAGUUGAGUUGCAGCUUGAUGAAGUGUCAAAAGGUCAGCGAAUCGUAGAGCCAACAAGGAGAAGUUUUACGUCACAUGAUCUCUCUCUUGCAUCGAUGUCUGAAAUUGGCAGUGAUGAUAAGGUUAGCUGUGCAGAAUCAUGGGCUUCUGCUUUGAUUUCAGAACUGGAGCACUUUAGAAAUGGAAAACAAAAGGCGUCACCAUCAUCUAAAACUGUUGGAACUUCAGACAUUAAUCUGAUGGAUGACUUUGUUGAAAUGGAAAGAUUAGCGUUAGGCUCUGUUAAUAAACCAUUUGGGAGUCCUCAUGUUUCUUCAAAUGAAACUAUUGCAAUUUCUCACCCUUUGGAAACUGAGUUAAACGGGAAUCCCUCAGAGUUAACAGGUAGGGAGAUUGUUCCAAUGCCUGACUCUGAAUCAGGCUUCAGUGCAUCAAACCAAGAAAUCAGGUCCAACAAUGCAUUAAUGGGAAAAGUUCCUGGUUGGCUUCAGGAUAUACUGAAAGUGAUCUUGGAGCAAAACUGUGUCAGGCAGAGAAACCCGGAUGAAAUACUUGAGGAUAUUAGAGCAGCUUUGGCAUUUAUACAUAGUCCAAAACCCACUGAAGUUGUUGAUGCAAGGGAAGGCUCAAACGAUCCUGAUGCAUCAAAUCCUCCACUUGCAAGUGGUCACAUCUCAUGGAAACAAUCAAAUAAAUCUUUGGUGAUGGAUUCAUCUGACCAUGUAACUGAUGCUGACAUUUCGUUGGCAGAAAAGAGCAAUCCACAGUUGCAUUUGGAGCUUGGUAAGUCAAUAGGCAAAAUAAUUGAGCUUAUUGAAGGUAUUAGUUUGCCAUCUCUGGAUGAUGAUAACCCUGAAACAUUGUCCAGAAAGGAUGGGAAUAUAUUCACAUGCAAGAAUUCAGAAACACCUACAGGGUACAUGGUUCGGGUUUUCCAGUGGAAAACUUCUGAACUCAGCGCUGUUUUACACCAGUUUGUUCAUACUUGCUAUGAUCUGUUGAAUGGAAAAACUAACAUAGACAAAUUUGCCCUAGAAUUAACUACUGCUUUAGACUGGAUUAUGAACCAUUGCUUUUCCCUACAAGAUGUUUCAAACAUGAGGGAUGCAAUUAUGAAACAUUUUGAUUGGGAUGAAUCACGAAGUGAAAGUGAAGCAGAAGUUGGAAUGAUUAGUCAUUUUUCUGAAGCAGGACGUGUUCCAAGAGAACGGUUAGCAUAUUUGCCCAUGACUGCUGCUUCCAAUGGCAAUCAUCUUCAAAUUGAAGAACUUCAGUCUACUGAUAGGAAUCUGAGGGAUGAAUUGAAGAAUUUGGAAUCUUCAAAGAAAGACUUGGAAAGAAGGCUUCAGUCAGCUACUGAUAAGAGUGAGUCCCUGAUGAAUAAUCUCCUCGAAUCAGAAAAAGCAAUUGCGAGCUUGCAGAGAGAGUUGAAAACUCUUAAAGAAUCGAAAGGAAUGAUCGAGGAUCAAACCGAAAGUUGCAAGUUGAUGAAUGAAGAAGAUCUUGAUAGACAGCUUACAGUGGCUAGAUUGGAAUUACAUGAGGCUCAGCAGAAGUUUUCAUCACUAGAAGCAGAGCUGGAUGAUAAAAAUAACUGUUACGAAGAAUUAGAGGCCACUUGUCUUGAACUGCAGCUCCAGCUUGAAAGCAUUACAAAGAAGGAAAGCCCAAACAAUGACCUCAAUCAGGAAGAAAAGCAACUUCGGACUGAUUGGGAGAUUACAGCUGCUUCAGAAAAGUUGGCGGAGUGCCAGGAGACUAUCCUGAACCUUGGAAAGCAGUUGAAGGCAUUGGCUGCUCCAAGGGAAGCAGCCCUUUUUGACAAGGUCAUCGCUACCCCCACUGACAUAGUUACCACCACCACCAGCAUCACAGCCACAACCCCGCCCAAGGACAAGAUCAUGAACCAGCGCUCCUCUCUACUUGAUCAAAUGCUAGCAGAGGAUGAUUCUGCAGCUAAGUAUCUUAAAUUUCGUAAGACCAAAGAAACUGAUGGCAAAUCCACUAGAAAAGAUAAUGGAGCAUUCCAACAACCUCUAGAAAAAAUUAUUGUUUUAAAUGGGGUUAAACACGAGGAUGACGAUGCUACAGCCGGUUCGUUGGCUAUUGUGCCUAGCAAGAAGCGGGGAGGAGCGAGUUUGUGGAGAAAGCUUAUGUGGAGAAAGAAGAAAGGAAAUAUCAAGAAACCCCCUCUUCCAUUUCGCCCAUGACAAACAUCGUAGAGUAAUAAAGAACUGAUGGCAAUCUUGGUGCUCAGGAUUCCAUUUUUUUAUCAUACUUGUUUGGUUUGUUGUAGAGGAGGUCUUGGAUUUUUAUCAGUCGUAUGAGAAAGACAGUGAGAAAGAGAAUUUUACAUGUUGUGUGUAUUACUGCUGUAUAUAAAACUGAUGCCGGGACAAUUAUAGUGUACAACGUAUGAAGAAUGUCCCUAAGACGAUGAAAUUUACUUGA